ACGAUCCAGUUACGUACAGAGGUCAGAAGCCAUGUCGUGCUACAUGCAAACAGGUGUACAGAAGUUGCACGUUCGCUAUUAGCCACUCGAAAUUCUACUGGCCUUCGGAAAUGAAAUGCGAAAAUUUUAACGAUACAUUUUGCUAUAAUCUUACAAAAGAAGUUGAAGUUGUCCCAGUUACACCGUCGGCGACUCCGUUCAUAGUUCCCCAGCGACGUCGAAGAGCAACAAGGGUAAACGAAAGUUGCAUAACUACUCCAUUUACUCCUAUUUGCUCAAUAGUAUCCGAGACUACAAGAGAUGAGGAUGUGCAGCAAACAAACAGGACGUAUUUCUCAAGAACAAUUAAUCCCUUCUCCAACUAUUUUGGACACAAUUCUACAGAUGAGGCUGUGUACAAAUUGAGUAGCUUUUCCACAUUUUUAAGCGCAUUGCGUCGACCAGGAGUACCGCGUAAUCUUACAAUUUUCUACAAUGGAUGUUUUAAUGCUACAGUUCUUGUUCUUUGUCACCUACAUUUGCCAAAAUGUCCCAUAAUGCCCAUGCACCAACGUGUGUGUCUAUCAAUGACAGCCAGAGGAGGAGUUUGUAAUGUGGCUAUAAACGAUUUGAAUGUCAUAGGAUAUAGUUUUCAAUGGCCUCUAAUUAACAUCAGCUGCCAAGACCAGCAAUGGUUCACCAAUGAUAGUGUUAGGGUUCCGUCUAUCGUCAGAAAUGUUGAAUUUGGUCCACCUCCACCAAGAAAAAUAGAAAUUACUCAAAGAUCUACAAAACUGGAGGUUAACUUCACCCAAAAUAACAACAUCAACACGACAGUAUUAUACAAGCCACGUGGUAGCAAUGUUCCUUAUCAAUACCAGAUAUUAUCUUCCCGCAAUUACUCUAUACUUGAUAUUCUUGAACCUGGCACGGAUUACGACAUUAAAAUUGCUUCCCUCAAGACUCCAUCUGGCUUGCCAGGUGCUUUUGGUGAAUUCGACAUCAACACAUAUGGACAGUGUCCAAAUGAUAGGACGGGUGAGGAAAUUGCUCAAGGAUUAUUUCUUUGGACGAUUGAGGAUGCAAAAAAUUCGCAGACUUUUACUUGUCCUCUCCACUUACAACCCAAUGGCCCUAGGCAAAACGCAAGUCGAAAUUGCUCAUGCCAGGAUAGUACGUGCAAGAAUCCGAUUUGGGAAGAACCGUACACAAGAGAGUGUGAUUACACUAUAGUUGAAGAUCCACCUACAACAGAAACCCUUUCAAAAUUGUAUCAGUUAUUUCAAAGUGGAAUUGUAUCGGAACAGAAAGCCACCGAAGAGUUAAAGAACAUAACUCAGAAAACUGUCACCAAAUUUACCGUUAAUGAUAUCCUUUUAUGCACACUAAUCUUGGAAGGGAUUGUAAGACAGACUGAAGACUUAAAAAAGACUGGACCAAAUCUUGUUAAGAUUAUUGAUAAUCUCCUAAAUACUGCAUACAAUGUUCUGAAGCAGGGACAACAGAAAAGCAACGUUUCUGCCAGGAUUGUCAGAGUCCUUGAAACAUUUUUGGACAACAUUCCUCUUGAUUAUGGAACUGAUUAUCGGCAAAAUGAAACAAACAUUGCUGUUUUUGCAAAGGACUUCAACCCCCGCGAAUUUGAAGGAGCAGGAGCUGCUUCCAUCAAUGAAAUUGUGAGGCAAGAUUUUGAAGUCUAUAAUGACGAUUUGGAUGUAAAACAAAAUUCUUCACAAGUCUCGAUCACGUUGCCUCAGUCAUUGUUUAAAAACCUGGAUAUUGAAUCAAAAAAUCAAAACCAACGAAUUUCCUUUGCAAUAUAUCGCUCUACUUUGUUCUUUGCAAGUUUUGUAGAAGCUUUAGUAAACAUGACAACUAACACUGUUCGUGAAAAUAACAGUUACGUAAUAUCAGGCUCAGUGAAAGGACAAAAACUGAAGGAUUUAUCAGAGCCGGUGGUCACAACGUAUAAGCCAUUGAGAGCAGCUGUUGAUGACUCAACAGCUUGCGUGUUUUGGAACUUUACUGCAAAUAACGGCACUGGAGACUGGGCACCGGAUGGAUGUUCUUUUCAAGGAAUAAAGAAUGGCAUUGUUAGGUGUCAUUGUACACAUCUGACCAACUUUGCAAUAUUAAUGGAUGUUUAUAUCCACGACAGAAAUCCAACCCACGACCAGGCGCUAAGUAUAAUCAGCUAUGUUGGCUGUGCUAUUUCAUUGGUCGGUCUCAUUUUGACUAUGACUACUGUACUAAUAUUCAAAGAUCUUCGAACCAAGAUUCCUACGCAAAUCCUUUUGAACUUCUGUUUGGCUUUGACUCUGACGCUAGUUGUGUUUCUUGCGGGUGCAGAAAGAUCAAGGACGUCCUCGAUGGCCCUAUGUCGGACAGCGGCCAUUGCAAUGCACUACUUUGUGUUAUCCAUGUUCUUUUGGACAUCGAUCCAAGCUUAUAACAUGUAUUUGUCGUUUGUGAAAGUGAUGCCAAGAUACUAUUCUAAGUUCAUGUUGAAGUGUUGUGUUGUUGGAUGGGGUUUUCCAGCAUUGAUUGUGGUGAUUUGCGCUGCUGUAGAAGUCGAAAAAUAUGGUGAUGAGCAAUUCUGUCGUGUACAAGGUUCGCCGUUUUAUUAUGGUUUCCUAACUCCAGUUGUUUUAAUUAUUGCUCUUAAUGCAGUCGCAUUUGUGUUCAUAAUUCACUCGCUGUUGAAUGCUGGAUCUAAGGUUGCCGCUGACAAGAAAGCUACUGGUUUGCAGCACGUACGACGAGGAACCGCCAUUUUGAUUGUACUUGGACUAACCUGGAUAUUUGGCGUGUUUGCUUUAAGCGACGCAAAGUUAGUUUUUCAAUAUUUGUUUGCCAUACUCAACUCCUUUCAAGGAUUUUUAGUAUUCGUAUUUUAUUGCCUGCUAUCUUCGGAUACACGUGCCAAGUACGCAAAACUUUGUCAAACUCAACGUGGAUCGGAAAAUAGCCGAAAGCGUUACACUCCUCAGACGACAUCCGAAGGCCGAUUCCAUGAGAUCAACAUGAAUAAAAAGAAGAAAGGAAAUGUUUACACAAGCAGCAACCCUACUUCAACGACCUUGCCAGAGCAGGAAAAACUGGAAAUGACGUCUUUUAAAGCGUAAUAAAUCAUCCAGUGUACAUUCUGGUAACCAACCAGAAAACCAAACGACCGUUAUAUUUUUUGUUAAAAUUAACCAUGGACCUUUGACAUUUUACAAUUUGUAUACAAUGCUUGCAUGAUGAAGAGAGAAGUAACUUUAAAUUGCUGUUUUACCAGUAUAAUAGCCAAUUUUCUUCUAUAACAAUUCUGUUCAUUUAUAAACAAGAAAAAUUAAGGAAUAUAUUAACUUGUCCAUUGAA